AUGGCGCCAGCUAUAGCCAACAGCCCAGCGCGGUUCAAUCCCCAAAAGUCGACGACCUACUCGACAACCGCGCUGAAACGAUGGUCGUGCCUCAACGAAGGCGUCCUUCCCUCAAUCCCGGAUAUCAGAACCAUUCACGUCUAUGAUUUUGACAAUACUCUCUUUUUAAGCCCUUUGCCCAACCCGCAGCUGUGGAAUGGACCUACAAUUGGCUUCCUGCAAUCAUAUGAGUGCUUUUCAAAGGGCGGCUGGUGGCAUGAUGCGAAUAUCCUCGGGUCAACAGGUGAUGGAAUCGAAGUCGAAGAAGCCCGCGCCUGGGCAGGAUGGUGGAACGAACAGAUAGCCCAAUUGGUUCAACUGAGUAUGAAACAAAAAGACGCUCUUACCGUUCUUCUUACAGGCAGGUCGGAAGCUGGAUUCGCCGAGCUUAUCGGGCGCAUGAUCAAGAGUAAACAGCUGUCCUUUGAUCUUGUCUGCCUGAAGCCGGAAGUUGGUCCGAACAACCAACGCUUUGCAUCCACUAUGAAGUUCAAGCAGAACUUUCUAGACGACUUAAUGCGUACGUAUAAGGAUGCUGAUGAAAUCCGGGUGUACGAGGACCGUGUAAAACAUGUCAAAGGAUUCCGUGACUUUUUUGAACAGUUCAAUAAAGACGCCGCAGCAGCUGGUCCGUCGGCUACCCGAAAGCCCAUUGCCGCUGAGGUGAUCCAAGUGGCCGAGAUGGCCAAGUACCUGUCUCCGGUGACAGAGGCAGCCGAGAUCCAGCGUAUGAUCAACUCACACAAUGGAUCACUAGGCACCCCAGGUGCAAACAUUACCAAGUCCCCCUAUGGCAGACUUGAGCUGUCCAAGACAACAUUUUACACGGGAUACAUCCUGGCAAAUGCCGACACUGUUCGGAUAAUAGAUAACAUCUUCCUUCCACUAAUAUCAUCCAGCGUUGCUGACACCAGCGAAAUUAAGUUCAUGUCGAACAAUAUCCUGAUCACUCCACGCUCUGCUCCUAAACCUGUUCGAGACAAGGUUGGCGGGCUGGGGAAGGUCGUCCGUUGGCGCGUCACAGACACAGGCAGCUUUGAACACAAGCUAUGGGCCGCAAGAGUAAGCCCGCUUGAUAGCUCAGAGGUCAUUCACACUGAUAAUCCAGAGCCGAUCAUCGUUCUUGGUAUGCGCAAAGGCGUACGGCCGGCAGAUGCCAGCAAGAUCCGUAACUGGACACAAGUUACCAAGGAUGAUUCACUCGUAUUCGACACGGUAGUCGGUGAAAAGACCAUCCUGCGUGUGCAGGAAGAGGAUGUAGGACGACAUGGCGCUUCAAGCCGAGGCGGCAAGAGAAGAUUUCAGCCAGACAGUCGGGAGGAAGUGGAAUCAUCUACGCGGGACUACCGUGAUAUGCAGCAGCAUCGGCCACCCGCCCCCGAAUUUUCAGGUGGUAGGCCCCAUAACCACAACAACCGCCAUUAUAACGGUCCGCCACCAUCGUUCCGUGGGAACCGCGGCCGGGGUGGGCGAGGUGGAAGAGGUGCCCGGGGACGUGGUCGCGGUGCCGGUGGAGGUAGGGGAGACAACUAUGGAUCGAGAUACAGAUCCCUGGAUGACCAUGCUGCUGCUGCAGGCGGUCAUGAUAACAAAAUGGACGGCAGAGGUCCUCCCAGAGGCCCCGGUGGUGGCCCAGUGAUGAACUAUUAG